AUGACAGCGCCUACUAUAGCUCAAGCCCUUGUCUCAGGCUGGAUAUCCCGCUUUGGUGUACUUACACACAUCACCACGGACCAGGGACGCCAGUUCAUGUCGGCACUCAUUGCAGAAUUGGUUCGAACGCUCGGAAUAAGCCACCUACGGACUACGCCCUAUCAUCCCCAGUCAAAUGGUAUCAUCGAGCGAUGGCACCGAACUCUCCAGGCAGCCAUCCUUUGCCACAACCCGAACCGUUGGACCGAACAUCUUCCCAUGAUUCUACUCGGAUUGCGUACCGUCUACAAAGGUGACAUGCGUGCUUCGCCAGCAGAGAUGGUGUAUGGAACAACACGUCGCAUACCGUCGGAGUUCUUGCACGAAAAUCCCGGCAACAACAAUCGGAAUUCGCAAAUGAACUUCGAGAUGCCAUGCGUAUGCUACGACCACCUGACACGGCAUGGCAUGGAAAAGGUGCUUAGCCGAAACGACAAGCACUACCGAGUCAACAUUAAUGGUUGGAGCGUCAACAUUUCAAUCGACAGACUGAAACCAGCCUACAUGCUCGACGAUCACCAGCCAUCAGCACCCGUUAGCGAUCGUCCAGCUGCAACAACAUCGGAGCCCCAACCGGCGAGAUUCACUCGAUCAGGACGACGAGUGAUGACUCUACUUCGAUACCACUAA